UAGUCGGUGAAGAUGUAGGAGUCUUUUUGAAAAUGUAAAAACUUUACAUGAUUCAAAUCUCUACUAUUAUUGACAAACUUUAGCAGUUUUUCAUAGAGUUGAACUUGUUUUGUUUAGUAGAAAAAAAAUGAGCAAAACUCAGGACACAGCGCUUUACAUCACAUUAUGCUGCAUUGCGUUCAUUGUAUCGAAGAUCGUUAUUGCAAUUCUUUGCUAUAAGCGACGGAAAACAAACCAUUUUGUCGGCUUUUCAGGAGGGAGGAUGGUUAUAUUUAAAUCCGCAGUAACGCAGAGUGUAACAUCAGAAAUGCUGUUGAAGAAGACAUUAAAAUUGAGCAAUAAGGACAUAAUUGGGUCGGGAGGAUACGGAAGUGUUUACAAAUUGGAGAUGAAUCAUUCAUUGGCAUUUGCCGUUAAAAGACUAAAUGCAGCAAGCCAUGGAGAUGGAGGUUUUGAAAGAGAGUUGGAGGCUUUGGGUGAUAUUAAACAUCGUAAUGUCGUUGCUCUUCAUGGAUAUUACACUGCUCCGCUUUUUAAUCUUCUCAUUUAUGAAUUCAUGCCUAAUGGAAGCCUAGACGGAGUCCUAUAUGGAAAAUCAAAUGAUGAAAAGAGUUUGGAUUGGGCAUGCAGAUAUAAGAUAGCAGUUGGUGCUGCACGAGGAAUUUCAUACCUGCAUCAUGAUUGCAUCCCUCAUAUCAUCCAUAGAGAUAUCAAGCCUAGUAAUAUAUUGCUUGAUCACAAUAUGGAACCUCGAAUCUCCGAUUUUGGAUUAGCUACCUUCAUCCAGCCUCAUAACACACAUGUUUCCACCUUUCCCGCCGGAACUUUCGGAUACUUAGCUCCUGAGUACUUUGAUACAGGGAAGGCCACAGCAAAAGGAGAUGUUUACAGCUUCGGAGUUGUUUUGCUCGAACUUCUAACAGCAAAAAAACCAACAGAUGAAGCAUUCUUUGAGGAAGGAUCUAAGCUUGUAACUUGGGUGAAGACGGUUGUGGAAGAUAAGAGCGAAGAAUACGCACUGGAUAAAAGCAUAAAGUGUGCGCCUAUGGACGAGGUUAACAAUCUUUUCAGAAUAGCAAUGAUGUGCCUUGAAGCAGAGCCUACAAACAGACCUACCAUGACUCAGAUUGUUCAGAUGCUUGAGCUUGUCAAACCAGAAAAGGUAGUUGUUGACUCAUUAGCUAUGAAAAGAGAAUUGAAUCAAACAGGAAUUUCUACUUGAAAAAAUGUUUAGUAAUUAAAGGAAUUAUACCUCUAAGUCAAAAGAUUCAAUUGAGAAUUGUUGCCACUUCAUUGGCAACUGAUUCUUUCAAAGAAGGAGAAACCGGAGCAUCUCCGAAAAAUACAUCAAAAAGAGCAAAGUUAACAUUCAUCGACUCAAUUGUUGCAUCCACAGAAGACGGCAUCCCAUCUGAUGAGAUACAAAUCUAAAAAUCACAAAACAACAACCUGGAUUAGCAUUGCACAAGUAGAACAAGAGCAAGAUUAUUUAAUUUCAAAUAAAAAUGUAAAUAACAUAUAGGCUCAACUUUCACGUGCCAUUCAAUUUUAAAUAUGUUUUUUUCCUUUGUCCUCCAAAUAAAACUUACUUGCAUUUUGGAGGGAUCCAACCAUACGAGAAAUAUGGAUGUUCCUUUCUUAAGAGGUCGACUUUGAAAGAUAGCACGAAAUGUGGACAAUGCAGUAGCAUCAACUGGAGUGGGUGCUUUAAUUCUUGGGGAGAUGGCUUGGUCUAAGGCAUCCCAAAAUGUAUUACCAUCAACAUCUCUCACCAGUACAAUCUGCAGCGUUUUUUCAAAUUGAGCUUGAAAAAUCGUACUGAAAAAGACUUGAUUUUCCUUUAUUUGAGCA